AUGGGUCGCAGUGUUUCUCGUUCUCCUUCCCGCAGAAGAAGAUACUCUCCUUCUCCCGUUUCUCAUCGCCACUCUCGAACUUCCAGGCGCCGCUCUCCUUCCCACAAGCGCCGCCGAAGGCAUAGAACCUCUUCCUCCCCCUCUCCUUCCCGUAGCCCCACUCCAAAGCUCAAGAAAGAUCAAAAGAAAAGAAACUUGCUAGAGAGGCGUCAACAUGAGGAAGAAUUGAAACUGUUGGAAGAAGAAACUGCAAGAAGAUUGGAAGAAGCUAUUCGAAAAAAUGUUGAGGAGAAUCUUAACUCAGAGGAUGUCAAGCUAGAAAUAGAAAGGCGUGUAGCAGAGGGAGUGAAGAAAUUGUUUGAUGAUGUUGAAGCUCAACUUGGAAAGGAAAAGGAAGAUGCUCUUACUGAAGCUAGAAGGAAAGAAGAACAAGCUCGUAAAGAAAGAGAAGAGCUGGAUAAGAUGCUUGAAGAGAAUAGGAGGAGAGUGGAAGAAGCUCAGAGAAGAGAAGCUCUGGAGCUGCAAAGAAAGGAGGAGGAACGACAAAGGGAAUUAGAGAUGAUUCAGAGACAGAAAGAGGAGGCUACUCGGAGAAAGAAGCUUGAGGAGGAAGAAGAACAUGCAAACAGAAUUAAUUCUUUGGGUAAGAACAAAUCUAGGCCUAAGUCUUAUGGUUUCUAA